CCUUGAGGCUCUGACAACAUACCUUUUUAUAACUUCCCCAAACCUUGCUAUUGAAUAUAAGAUCCCAAUUUGACAAACUAACGUUCUGAAGACUUCUCGUUUAUGUGACUGCAAAUUAGAAGAGAACCGAAUUCAAUAAUGAAGAAUCAAAUGGUACGUUUGCUGUUGGGAACAAUUGUGAUCUGCUUGGCCACUCACGGUCUCUGUAUGGGAAUGAUAACAAACUCAAGGUGCAAAUGUGCGAAAGUCACCUCUAAAUUAAUUCAUCCAAGGAGAUGGCAAGAUGUCAGUAUCUUUAAACAGGGGUCUUUCUGCAGGAAAGUGGAAAUUAUAAUUACCCUGAAGAAGGGGAGAAAGGUCUGUGUCAAACCCAACGUUCAAUGGAUCCAGCAAGUUAUUUCCAACCUCAAUGAACAAGCAACCUAUAUUAAAGAAUUUACUACAGAAGAGUCAUCAACCUGAUAAACGAAGACAACCUACGACCAGGGAUUGGACUAUUCACCAGGACCCAAGCUUUCGCUGUUUAACACUCACUGCAACAGCCUGUGCCAUGAGAGUUUGUGUUACCAUUUCAAUAGCUUGCACCCUACCAGAAUCGUAUCAUUUAGAACCCUAACAUAACCCAUUUGAGCAAAUCGCUAACAGUAUUUGUUGCUACUUACAACUUCUGAAUACAAGGUUUAAA